AUGAAACUCCUCUUAAGUUACGUGAUUCUGUCGGCGUUUGCAGUAUUCUUUGUGGUGAUGAGUUUCGUUUCGAAAACUCUGGUACAGGAAUAUUUACAGGUGAAAGCCUCCAGCUGGUCAGAAUGGACGGAUAAGCCUGGCUCGAGGUGCAACGACACCUGCGGGGCUUACGGGCGAGUCGCGCAGGUCAGAACUUGCCAAGGGGGCAAUUCCAAGGACUGCCAGUCAGUUUCCCGCCCAGUUUUCGAGUGUCUGUUCUCUCACCGGCGAAAGUCAGCCUGGGAACGCCAGAAUGAUCCCUCUAGAGGCAAACUCAAAUGGAGGUUCCUCUCUGAGGCCUGCCCCUAUAGGGGUCACUAAAGCUUGCAAAAAUGGUCUUUAUAGGGGACAUUAUAUUCGAUUGUUGUUAUGGACUCUAUGCGAAAAACUAGAAAAAUAACUUUUGUUAAUCAAAUUGAAUAAUCCCUAUAGGGGCCACUUAAGCCUUAGGGUCUAAGGGGUCAGAGCCGAUACCUCUAUAAAGACCACCUUUAUUUUACCCCUAUAAAGACCCCUAGGGGAAACCUUAAAGCUCUUGAAGGUUCCUCUCUGGGGGCUAGUUCACCUCCCCUAUAGGGGCCACUAAAGCUCACAAAAAUGGUCUCUAUAGGGGACAUCAUGUUCGGUUUUUAUUAUGGACUCUAUGCGUAAAACUAGAAAAAUAAUCUUUUUCAAAUCAAAUUGAAUAAUACCUAUAGGGGCCUCUUAAGCUAUAGGGUCUAAGGGGUCAGACCCUGAACCUCUAUAGAGAGCAUAUUUCUUUUACCCCUAUAGGGACCACUUUUUCGGUCUCUAUAAAGGUUGCUACUAACCUCUGUAGGGACCACUAUAAGGUUCCUAAGAAACGCGAAAAGAGCGCGUUAAAGAAAGAGGGCGCAGAAAAGUCCAGGACAAUUUUUUUUAAGAAGCUAAAGAAUACAUUCCAGAGGCGAAAGUGAACGACUAGCCGCUUGCAACUUCAAAGUUUGCUUUUUUCCCCGUUCGUCUUGCGCUCCUGGCUUGAAGCCCAAGGUCACGAAGAAUGAGUUCACCUGCAUUCCCCGUGAUUGA